CUCAGGUAUAAUAAACGUGCGUUUAUAUGUCUAUGAUCUGCGCCCAUAAGUUGAAGAUGCUCUCUCUAUUCCGCUCCAGUGGCCACUUUUUAAACUAAAAUUGGAGGUAAAAAAGGGCACCUGUUAUAAAAUAUUGGGGGGUACUCUUCUCUUUUUAUCUCCUCAGGUGCUGUGCCAUCAAUAAAACCACGUAGUUUAUUAAUGAGAUUUAUUUAAUUAUUUUUUAAUUAAUUGCGUCGCGUGUCCUGUAUCAUUCAUCAAUUUUCAACGCCUAGGGAUCUGCAAUAUAUGCCGUUUUCCAAUACUCGAUUCAGCUCCGUAUAGGCUGCAACCGUUUUUCUACUACCUAACUUCGAAAUUGUAAGCGCAACAGCGAGUUUAAUAGUGGCACAAAACAUCAAGUAAGAUGCAAAAGAGCCAAACAUCGCAGUUUUUUAGUUUAAUUGAAACGUUUCAGGCCCACAUUCGGUUACUGGUUUCGGAGACGAAGCCUGUGAACGGGGACGAAUUGAGUAUUGGAAAACGGCCAAAUCGGAAUAGCAUUGAUGGAAUCUGCUGUCAGUCUGGUUCUUAGCAGUGACUAGUGCUGUGCAAAAUAUGUACAGUACCUAGACUUCCUAAUGCUAUGAGGCGAUGAAUAGUGCGCCAGUACAGUAGUGUUCACUUCCGUCUGUCCGUGUGAUGCUAACUUCUGUCGUUGCGAGUCAGUUACACAUGUAUGUAAUUGCAAUAAGCCGAUCUAUGCUCUUCGUAUUUGCACAGGGUCUUGUUCUGUUUUCCCGCUUAUUGUAGGAAUGUCACCUCAACUGUCGGUCUAACUUUCAAGUUCGUCGUAACGUUAGAGUAGACUCGUAGUCUUACGGUGUGCACACACAGGUGAUGCGCCAGCGAUGAUCACCCUGUCUAAGAAACGGAAGGAGGAUGCAGCGCGCCGGGCCAGUACUGGUAGCAUGCCAACACCUCCCUUUGCGUUGGACAACAUCAAACGAGUGUCCAUCCGUGACAAGUUGCUGGUCAAAGAAGUGCCCGAGAUGAAUGUGAACAUGCCCUCUUCCUGCUCAGUUCAGUAUGAGGAUGUCAACAAACUCCAUUCAUUUCAACUCAUCAUUACUCCGGAGGAGGGUUAUUGGCGAGGUGGACGGUUCAUCUUCAGUAUCUACGUCCCAGAAGAGUACAAUAUAGUGCCUCCAACUGUGAACUGUCACACAAGAAUAUGGCACCCCAACAUAUCAGAAGAUGGGAAGAUUUGCCUUAGAUCAAGCCAAGAGUUUCACCCGGUUUUAACCGUGUUUCAACCGAACCCACCACUUUUUGUUAUUCAAGCCUUAAUCCUCUCCUGGUCAGUCAUCAGUCCAAACGGACAGUCAUCCAUUUUAACCGUGUUUUAAUGGUGCAGAGAUGGUGUGCUACAAACAGCAGUGUCCCGUUGGGGAAAUCUACUUUUUACCUAAUUAAAGAGCGGAUCAGGGGAAAUGUCGAUCAUCUUCCUUAUACGUUCCACAAGUUGGAAAUUGGCUUCAAUGCACAUGUAUGUUGGCUUAUUUCUGCACCCGUUUACAUGAUAAAUUCUCUGUUUUUUGUCAUAUAAAGCAAUGAAUUAAUUUAAUAAGAAUGAUACAUGUGUCUGGAGUAGUUUAUUGAAAAUAAACAACUGAAGUUUUAUUGGUAUAGUUACCGUUCAUUGGUCCUUAAUGACAAUAAUUAGAAGUGACUGUUUUCUGUGAGCACAAAAUCAAUUGCGCUAGUGCUAAAAUCCUAGAUGGCGGCACCCAUAGUCCAGUGUUAACCAUGUGUCAAGAGGAAGCAGAAGCUUUUACCGAUUAAAACUUCACCGCUGCCGACCCAUAAACCCCAACAAAUUUGCAAGAACCUGGCAAUCCAAAUCAUAUGAAAUCUGCUGGAGAAUCUGGAAUAAUUCAUCCCUGUUUUGAGGACAAACUUCCUCGUUUUACAAAUUCUCCAGUGGACAGCCUCAAGGCUAACAGGCCGCCCGCGGAUUGCUGGGACGGUCACGUCAUGCGUGCUAGCUACACGCUUGACUGCAUGACACGUAUAUCGAAGGCAAGCUCUUCUGCACAUGCCCAGGCCAGGGUGGACAAAGAGGUCCACAGGGGCAGACGCGGACAUAAACUGAUAAUGCGGCGAGUGGCGAUCACCUCGACUGGCUUGUGUUGGCCAGUUAUCAGUAUACUAUUAUUUGAGGAAUUACCCACUCUCACCUUCUUCAAAUUAAACCUCACAUUGCACUUUUUGAUUUACAGCUAGUCUACGGCAAAUUCCUGGUUAGAAAUCUCAAUCCCCCGUCCCCAGCCUCAAUCUUAGAACAUCCUUUUCAUUACAGUCUCAGCCAAUAGCAAGAAUGAAAAAAACUUCACAUCCAAAUUAGACCAUACCUUGUACACGAAUGGGGCCUCUAAGGAUCCUAAAAUAAUAUCUUCCCCUGGAGUUGCCGUCAAUCGUGCAAUCAGCAUCCAAUCAAAGUUCAUUUUGAACGUCCAUUUCUGAUUUCAUUGGCCAAGUAUGGAACAAAAGGGCAUCCAUGUUGGAGAUUUGCAUGCAUAAUGUGUUCUGAAUGUACAUAAGUACAAAUUUAUCGAGAAUUUAAUAUUGUUAUGUGGCUGAAAUGCCAUCCCUAGCAAGUUGUUGAUUUGAAUUCUCACCAUCAUGUGAUGUGGGGCCAUCUUAAGUUUACUGUACAAGACUGCACAUUUACAUGUACAAGUACAUAUACAAGUACAUGUAUGUGCCAUGUGUGCAUUGUACAAGUACCGAACUAGCUAGUGUGAGUAUAACUCGUUAUCCAGUUUCCGUUGUCUUUUUUGUCUCAACUGUUCUUGCAAUUCCAUGCAAUUCGUUUGCUAUCAAUGCCAUGCCAUAUCAAAGUCGAACAUCCGAACCUAACUGCCGGUUGGUCCGGUUCGAAAGUGCCAUGUGCGACGAUUUUUGGUUCGGUUCGGUGGUUUGGCUGAAGCAUGAGCUUGUAGCAAAAAUAUUUAUGACACAUGGAAGAUUGGGCAUUCAUGGGGUUGCUCAUUUACAUAAGCUUGCGUGUUGCAUUCUAUCCAUGUAUCCGCCGGUUUGUAAAGGGCUAGAUUGUUUGGCAGAGAUUUGCAUACUCUCCGUGAUUCCAUGAAAUGUCUGCAUCCUGAAACACAUGGGAUGACGCCUGAAGACUAAUACGUUCAGGUGCCUACGAAGUGCUGAGUACCAGUGCAAAGAACUCGUUUGUAUCAAUCAGUGGUGAUUAAAAGUUAUAGUACAGUGUUAUACCGUUAGGGAUCAGGGCGGGACAGCCUAAUAAUGCAGUAUGAUUGCUAUGCACAAAGGAACUCAUCUGGCCUUGGGAAUUAUACUCCACAAAACUGACCGCAGAGCUUGAUUCCCCAAAAGACCCCUGUUUUAACCGAACAGCUGGCCUUUGCCAUCCAAGCUAAAAACCAUAAAACUGACCGCAGAGUUAAUGAGUAGAGCUCCUAACCAGUUUCCAAAAACAACUCCCUUUUAACCCUGUGUUUUUGGUACUGGUACCCCUAGUUAAACCGAAAAUGAACACGGUUAAAUUGAGUGAUCAGACGGCAUACACAAGUUUUAACCGAGAAACUGCAUUUUAACCGAGCAGAGAUUCAUAGUGUGAAUCCUUUCAAACUAUCUGUUCAUCCCAAGGCUCGUUUUUUUUUAAUUAAUGCAACUUAACAGAGUCAGUGACCUAGUACAAAGAUACUUUGGUUUGAGUUUCAAACAUACAUGUAAAUAGAAAAAUGUAAAUUUUACAUGUAUGUAAAUGGAACUAGAGUAAAAGCGUCCGUUAAUCAGUGAUUUCACUCGGAUUUAAUUUAAGUGAUCUCUCGUAACUACAGCAAUAACUCCACGACACAGCUCCAUGCGGGGCAGUGUACACAGGUGAUUCCUUUGACAAGAUGUCUGGUGAUCACGCUUUACUAACUGUGCAUGUCUAUGUGUC